AUGAGAAGCACGAACACGCGCCAGAAAGGCGCCAAUACCCUGGACACCAAAAUCACUGAUCACCUUACCAAAAGGGAUAGCGCAGCAACAAAUGGUAAAACAGAACUAACCAAAAAGAAAAAUUUACCGACCCAAACACCGAAGCAAACACCGAAGCAAACAAAAACAGACUAUACCGGAAGUACUGAUCCUAAUGCAAAUAAUAACGCACACACAUCAGGCUAUGAGACGAUAAUACACCACGGUGGAUUGGAGGAAGUGGUACAUCUACUUCAAACUCUUACUAUCGAAGUACAGGAAAUAAAAAAUGACAGGCAAGAACUGAAAGAAUCCUUGGAUAGAAUUCUCAUAAAUACCGAGAACUGCCAGGCAAAGAUAACGCAACUCGAAGACGAAAAUACACGACUCAAGCACAGAAUAUCUUUACUGGAAAAAAAAGAUGAAUAUAGGGAGAAAGAAAGCAAAAGAAAUAAUGUAAUUAUUCGAGGACUUGAGAUAAAAAACAACUCUGCAGAAAAAACAGUACGUGAUUUGCUGGCCAACGAGUUUGAUUUGCACGACAGUAUAGAGGAAGUUACGCCCACAACAAGAGAUGGCAGAAUUCUAAUGCUCACUGUCAAAAUGAAAAAUGCUGUAGUGAAAAAAGAACUAAUGGUGAAAAAGAACACCACCCCGUUACUCAACAUCAAAAUAAAACACGACACAACAUAUGCAGAACGAGAGAUGCAGAGGGAGAUACACAAGAUCGCUAGAGAAGAAGAAGCCAAAGGAAACACCAUAAGAAUCGGCUUCGGAAAACUCUGGAUUAAUGAAACGGCAUACGUGUGGAAAGCUGGGGAAGGCCUGAGGGAGAACUUUCGUAGACGAAGGAACACACUCGACUAUGAGACCCAACCCAACACAUCACAAAAACGAAACGAGGCAAUAGAACACAAGGAACCCAACAACGUGAAUUACAUAAAAGAAAGUUGGUCAGAAUACACAGCAUCGAGGCUCCAAGGUAAUAACAUAACAUACGGUCCUUAUCUAAAUACAUCGACUAAUUCUACGGAAACCCACUAUGACUCAGAUAAAGAAUUUGACAGUAAUGUUGUAAAUCAAAGUAUUAUAUUCUGGAAUGUUCAUGGUAUUCAAACGUUCGCUGAUACUAUUACUAACCCGUCAACAGAAAGGUGGGGAGAAACCGCAGUAAUAUGCUUGACCGAGACAUGGUGCGUAGAUGACAAACUAAGAAUACCAAAGUUAAUGGAUAAUUACGAAGUAAUAUUAAGCAGAGCCAUUCGAGAUCACGCGUCAGACAUAAGUGAUAUAUGGAUAGCUGGUAUAUUUCAAAUUGGAAUGCACAGUGUUCUUCUGAUUAAUGUGUAUCUCAAAAACAAUUUUUACAAUGAAAGACUGCAAUCACUUGCUGAUCUUAUUUAUGAACUUCGCGAACAAUAUGAUUUACCAAUGAUAAUAGGAGGAGAUUUUAAUGGAAGAAUAGGUGAUCUUAAUCAAUUAGACGUAACAAUAGUGGAAAAUACUAGCUUCUCCGAUAUAAGAAAUGCUACUGACAUGAAAAGAAAUAGAAACGGAAUACUACUUACAGAUACUUUUGAGGAGUUAGGAUUCAUAGUGCUCAACGGAAGAGCAAAUUCAGACAGGUAUGGAGGACUAACGUACUACGGGAAAAGCAAUACCACAAUAGACUAUAUCUGGGUAAAUAUGCUAGGGAUUGACAUGUGCAAAGAUUUCGAAAUAGUCAAUGAAGGAACCUCUGAUCACCUACCCGUUAAAGUUAUCCUAGAAACAACAAUCACCCAAGCACCUCAAGCAAAAAAUACAAACAAACAAAGAAUACCAACCCUAAAAUGGGACAUGACAAAACAUGAAGACUAUUGGAACGAAAUGAACACUAAAACAACAACGAUAAGAAUUAACACAGAUACCGAAGCAGACAUCGAAUUAGCUAACAAAGACAUUGCUGACACAAUCUGGGAAGUAGCUCAUAAUUUAGAAAUGACACACAUACGGAAAAUCAAUACACAAAACAAAAAACCAUGGUAUGACAGGGACUGUAGAGAAGCGAAAAGAGUAAAAAAUAGAACUUUCCGUAAAUGGAAAAAAGAUAGGAAACCAGAAGGUGAGGAAGCAUAUAACGUAGCAAGAAAAAUAUACAUCAAACUAAUUAAAGAGAAAAAGAAGAAGCAUAAUCUACAAAUAGAGCAAGACCUCUCUAGUGCAAAAAACGGUAAAGCCUUUUGGGGGACUUAUAGAAAGCUCAAAAUAAGGAAAACUAAACAAUGUAACAUAACAACAGAAGCAUGGCAAGACUUCUAUGAGCAAUUGAUGCCACCCAGAGACCUUAAUGCAGGUGUCGGGCAUUACCCGACACUUGUAAUCCCUGCUUUGGACAAUGACAUUACGAUUGAAGAAAUCCGAAAUAUUCUGAUUAGAACGAGAACGAAUAAAUCCCCAGGACCAGAUGGCAUAUCGUCAGAAUUUUUACGAGCACUUCCUGAUAAAUGGCUAAGUAAUAUAAAAUCGCUUUUUAACAAAGUUUUCACUACAGGGCAUACACCAUCGGACUGGAGUAAAUCAGAAAUUGUCCUCCUGUACAAAAAAGGAGACGUAGAUGAUCCUCUCAACUAUCGGGGAAUAGCUUUGGCAAACACAAUCGCCAAACUGUUCACGACGAUAAUCGCAAAAAGGGUACAAAACUGGUGUGAAAUAUACGACAUCUUACCAGAGGCACAGGCAGGCUUUAGACCAGGAAGGUCGUGCGAAGAUAACAUCUUUAUUUUGCAUGCAAAAAUAGGUUUGGCAUUGUCGAAACCAAAAGGUAAGCUAUUCAUAGCAUUCAUUGACUUUCGAAGAGCUUUCGACUCAGUCAGUCAUGGGAUUCUAUGGGAGAAACUUCAUGCAGCUGGAAUAAGUACUAAAAUCAUUAAAGUCAUGCAAAAUAUAUACAACAAAGCAUCAUUCAAAAUAAAGGCAAAUCAAUUUCAAAGAACAAGGGAUAUAAGCAUUACACAAGGAGUUCUGCAGGGCGAUCCAGCGAGCCCUAUCUUGUUUUCACUUCUUCUGGCGGAUAUCUGUCAUUAUUUUAGGGAUCAUGGUCACGAGCGCAUAAAAGAAAAGAUGGAAUUACUACUAUUUGCUGAUGAUAUCGUUCUAAUGGCCGAUGAUGUAAUCGAACUACAAAAUAAAAUGACAACACUCGAACACUAUUGCAAUGAAAAUCAAUUAGAAGUAAACACUCAAAAAACAAAAGUUAUGAUAUGUCAAAAAGCAGGCAGAAGAAAGAAGAUUAGACCAAUAAGAUACCAAGAAACUGAAAUUGAGAUAGUAGACAAAUACACCUACUUAGGAGUCCCAUUCACCAAAUCAGGUUUAUACAAUACAGCAUGCAAAAGCUUCAUGUCUAAAGCAAAAAUAGCUCUGGGCACCAUCUGGGGCCCAAUGAUCACCGUAAAAGUAAAAAACUGGAACGCAAGAAUCAAACUUUUUGAGGCGGUAGUCAAAUCAACUCUCCUGUAUGCGUCCAACAUCUGGGGAUUGCGCCACUACCAAGAACUUGACAAAAUACAGCUCCAAUUUUACAAGAGCCUACUGGCAGUACCUCAAUGUACUCCUGGGUAUUUAAUCAGGCUAGAAACCGGUUCGACAACAAUAUCGAUCGGUAUAAUUAAAAAGGCAAUGCUUUACAUUAUAAAAAUUCUUCAAAUGAAACAGACUCGCUAUCCAAAGAUAGUGUUGGAUCAACUGAUAGCUCUUGAUCUCGCCGACAACAACAGGAAUAAAUAUAAUUGGUUCUCGAACUUAAAAGAAACUAUAAAUAGAGUCGGCACAUCAGAUAUAUUAAAUAACAUCUCACCGAAUAGCAUAUCUGAGAAGUUGGAACAAUUGCUGAACUAUAUAAAGGAAAAACAAUUUAGAUCAGACGUAAUAAGAGCACUACUAUCCACGUAUAGCCCGUUUUACAAACACAUUAAACAGCUGAAUGAAUCUGAAUGCGAAAACUACUUGAAAACAACAAUUCCAUUACCACUCAUACGAUUAGUUGCACAAAUACGUCUAGCUGGUCGUGGACUUUUGUCGAUAAGAUAUAAAAAGCUGCAGUAUAAGAUAGAUGAAAAAAACAUAUGUAUCAUUUGCAAUAAAUUGCAGCCGGAAUCAAUCGAGCACUUUCUAAAUGAAUGCCCAAUAUAUGAACCAAUAAGGGCACAUUAUCUACCCACGGCAAACCCACUGCUAGCAUUAGAAAAUCUCGAUGGAAAAAGCACAAGAAAAUUGGCCUAUUAUAUAAUUGGGGCGUGCAAACUAAGAGCUUUUACUUUGGAAGUGUGA